CGGAAGUAAAAAUAGAGUAGAUCGUCUGCCGAGAAGAGGAAAAUAAUAGUAGUGAAGUGGAGAGAGAGAGAGAGAGCAAGGGGGAGAACAAUGUGUAGAGAUCAAAAGUUACAACUGUUUCAAAAGAUUUGGAAGGAUGAAUUCCAAGAAUAAUUCUUGUACAUUCAGUCGAUGUGCAGAUACCUUUUUAUUAUGGAAGUGCUGUGUUCAAUUGGAUUACCAUUGUUUCGUUUCUUGUCUUCUGGAUUAUUAAAUUACUGUGUAGCAGAAGUGUAUUUCCUUUAGCUGGAUUUCUCUCCCUUUAAUUAUUUUUUUUUCAAUUGGCGCUGUUGUCAAUAAGAAACAUUGCUCACGCUAUAAGCGACAGUUGCAGUUAUGCAUACGCUGGGCAACAUAUGUUCCGUGGCUAUUGCCCUGAGCACGUUCGUGUGUGUGAGCGUAUUUCACGUGCGCCCAGCGCUGGGCAAAGGUGCUUUUGCUACGGAUGAGCAGAUUUUGGUUGCUAACAAUGGCCUGACGGUACUCAUCGGAAGGUCCGCGUAUCUCACCUCGGCUGACCUGCAGUUCCGCGCGAAUCCUGCUGACAGGUGCUUAGUAACCGUUCUGGACAAUGACCCACUGGCUCAGAGGCCAGGUAGGCUGGCCCCUCUUAACUUCCCUUGCAAUUUCAGGCCCCAAGAGGUGGCGUACACCCAUUUCGGGGCGCCCAUCUCACUUUCGGACACCAUCCGGCUGCAGCUGCGGUACGACUCCUUCCGGGAGACGAUGAUCAUACCUUUCAGUAUUAACGUCACAAUCUUGUCGGCGCCCCACGAGGUGGUGACCAAAAACUCUCCGCUCUGGGUGGACAGGUCGACGUGGCUUAGCAAUCCCAUCAGCAAAAACACCACCAAAUUUACAUACAACCGCGAUACGGAACAGUGUAAAAUCUCCCUGCUUCCGCUGGUCAGCGGUCAGCCUAAGUACGGCGAAGUGAGCGGUGAUAUAUCUAAACUUCAACUCAUGGACUGCGAAGACUUUUUAAAUUCUAGCAUCAAAUACAAGCACAAAGCACAGAACAAUUUCCCUAGUAAAGAUUACCUCCCUUUUGUUGUCCAUCUUUUAGACUUGAGCGGGAAAAUGAGUAAGUUUGAAUAUUUCCAUAUUACAGUGCGAAUUUUAGGCGGGAAAGAAAACGAAAAGCCAGUUCUGGAAUCGGGGUUAAAAUUAAGCUUGGAAGUGGAUCAAUUACUCAUGACUGCGCUACAGCCUGAUAUACUAGCCGCUAGGGACGCGGAGACACCGUCUGACUUUCUCUUGUUUAGCUUCGGAAAGCAGACGAACAAUAUGGAGGGAUAUUUCAUUAACACGGACGACAGAAACAGGAGAGUGACGUCAUUUUAUCAACGCGACGUGCGAGAGUUGAAAAUCGCCUACGUCCCGCAUUCAUCACACAGUCCAAGUCUUUCCAGAACAUUCUACAUUGAUAUGCAUGUUGUGGACGCCGAUGGCGCGGCGUCGGCGCCCUUUAAGCUUAAGAUCUUGGUCAGGCCACUAAACAUGUCGGCACCCAGGGUCGUCAUCAACAGGGGUCUGCAGUUAUUUGAAGGCCAGUCUAAAGUCAUUCAUUCCGAGUUCAACUUUCAGGUUGGGGGCAGUAGCGUUGACAAAAUACAGAUUUACGUCGCCGGCGGGCUCCGGCACGGACACGUGACCAUACCGGACAAGAGAAAAUAUUUCACUGUGGCCGACUUGCGAGCUGGGGCGGUCGCUUACCAACACGACGAUUCGGACAGUUUUUCCGACAAUAUUGUUUUUAAAAUAACGGACGGAGACGCGGCGAUGUAUUGCCUGUUUCCGGUGUGGAUUUUCUUGGAGGAUGACGAGCCUCCAAUUCUCAACGUGAACACGGGACUGGAGAUCAGGAAAAACAACGUGGCUGAGAUCACGUCUCACGUCCUCAGUGCCACAGACCGUGACAGUGACGUGACGCAGCUGAGGUACAUACUGGAAUCCCCUUACUCUGGGGAAGGGGUUAUUUUGAAGCGUCAGGUCCUAAUGCCAGAAAACCCUGAAGAAUGGGAGUUCAAGAGUGGGGUCUACGAGCAGGUGGUCAAGGAGUUUACUCAUGGGGACGUUCUGAGCGGUUUGAUUUUCUACAAGCAAGUAGGGACUCACCGGUCCGAACACAUCAUCCACAAAAUCCCAUUCCACAUCGUGGACACAGGUGAUCCUCCGAACAGGUCUGGGGUGAAGGAGCUGGUGGUGAAUAUCUUCCCCUUAGACUAUUCGCCCCCUUACCUACACCAAAACACGACCUUGGUCAUGGAGGUAUCUAACUAUCAGACGGCAGAAAUUAAGAAAAAGUUCUUCCGGUUCACGGACUAUGACACCGAUGAUCGCGACAUCAGGUUCAAUAUUACGUCACUUCCGACUGACACGGAUAUGAACACAGCCUUGACCGCCGGGUUGAUCGUCAGCUGUGAUGAACCAGAAAGGGCGAUAACAUCUUUUUCACAAGGGCAGAUAAACCACAAUGAAAUUUGCUACAACCCUCCAGAUGAAGACCCACGACUGGCGACAAGACUUAUUCAUGUGACCUUCGACGUCGAAGACAAAAAUGGAAAUGUAUUAAAAGAUCAAACCUUGUCGAUCUACCUUAUGCCCGUGUCCAUUCCACCGCCUACUAUAAGGAACAGCGGCAUCAGCGUUUCAGAAGGCGGUUCCGUGACCUUGACCCAGGACAUGUUAGAUGCCGUCACUGCAGGCACAGAUAAAGAUACCAUAGAGUUCGUUCUUUUGGGGCCCCCUCGACACGGCCUCGUGAAAAAAAAGUCCAAAGCCAUGGGGAGGGGAGACAGCUUCACGAGGAGAAACCUGAAGAAUGGAGACGUGGAGUAUCUAAAUGACAGCGAGUACAUUGGGGACGAUCUUGUCGUCCUGGACGUCACUGACGGCAUUCACCACAUCCCUCUUCGAGUCCGCGUUCACGAGGGCAACACCGAUGAUGCCAGGCCCGCUACCCUCAGCGGUUCCAAUGACAGCCUCAAGCUGAAGAUGCAGGUGCAGGAAGGAAAAUCGUCACCGCUGCCUUUGGAGUCUCUGCGAAGCUCGGAGAGCGACAGCAGGUCCACAAAACUCGUUCUUGAACGAGCUCCUUACGAUGGCUUAAUUCGCCGAGGCGAUGCUCAGACGACCGAAUUCACAUUAGCCGAUGUCGUGAAUGGGCUAAUGGUCUACCAACAUUCUGGAAGUGAGGUUGGAUUAGCCGGUCGCGGAGACCACUUUCAAAUAGCGGUCUUGAGUCCCAAGAAACCUUUCGUCAUAGACGGCGUAAAACUUUCCAAAAUUUUAGUUGAAGUAGAAAUUUUACCAGUGGACAAUCAGCCCCCUAUAGUAGCCAUCGGAGCCCCUUUCGAAGUUCCCGAAAGUAAGAAAGCACCCCUACUUCCAAGACACAUUGACGCCACUGAUGCUGACUCGGACACUGAAGAGAUUUUAUGCAUGGUUAUUUUGAAACCACGAAUCGGCUACCUCGAGAAUAUAAACCCUCUACCAGGCUCGGUUUUGCCCAACAUUGGGAUACCAAUAUCUUCCUUCACGAUUGGGGAAGUUCGCCAGAGCGCCAUCAACUACGUACAGAGCGUUCACAAAGGGAGCGAACCCCGGAACGACACGAUGACAUUUAGGUGUACUGAUGGUAUCAAUCAUUCGCCGGAUUUCCGAUUCGAUAUACGAAUCACUCCUUACAAUGACGAGAUACCCAGUAUCGUGCUUCGGGAGUUCGAUGUUAUGGAGGGUAAAAACAUGAGAAUCGAUUCCGAGAUCUUGAAAGUGAAAGACGAGGACGUUCCGAGUGACAAAAUAACGUUCCUCAUAACGACUCAGCCGCUGCAUGGCAAAAUCGUGAGACAGACCCGGGAGGGCAGCUUCAAAAUCCAAAGCUUCUCGUUGGAAGACAUUUCCGGAGAGUCCACCAUCGCCUACGAACACGACGACAGUGAAACACUGACGGACUCUUUCACCUUUAACCUCACAGACGGCAUUCAUAAGAUCUCCAAAACUGUGCCCAUCAACAUAACGCCCCUGGACGACGAGGUGCCACGUCUUGUGGUCAACAACGGAAUGUUAAUUUCUGCCGGGGAGUCUCAGAAAAUAACCAACAAGAUGCUUCGAGUGGAGGACCUGGAUACCAAAGAGGACGUCGUCUUCUAUGUCCGCUCCAAUCCGAAGUACGGUACCCUGAGAUACAUCCAGGGCAAUGUGGUCAUACAGCUCACGCAGGACAGCACGUUCACACAGAAGGAUAUAGACCAACGCAAAAUCGAAUAUGUCCAUACGAACAAGGAAGGUCUUCGUGACGUAAUAAAACUGGACAUAUCUGAUAAGAUGAAUUGGCUGACUGACCGAUAUUUCUAUAUUACUGUGGAGGGCCCGGAGACAGCCACACCUAAAAUCUUCAACAAGGGGAUCCAGCUUUCGAAAAACGGAGUGAUCAUCCUGACGACAGAUUUGCUGAGCGAGACGGAACUGGCAGCUUCCUCGUCUGAGGUCACGUUCACAAUAACGCGAGCCCCAAAUCGAGGGCUCUUAGAGUCUGUGAGCCAGCCUAAAGUUUCCAUCUCCAGCUUUACUCUUCGGCACUUGGUGGAGAAAAAGAUACGCUACGUGCAUGCCGGGGAGGACGAGCAGACGAUAGAUAGCUUUGAGUUCGUGGAGGGCAAAGGUGAGAAAAACCCUGCCGCAUACACCUUCCGGAUCCAGGUUAGCGAUACUAAAAACCGGAAACCAAUUGUUAUGUACCAGCCUUUACAUUUGAAGGCAGGCGACAACAAGCCACUAACCCAGGCGGAGCUGAAGGUCGUCGACCUUGACACCGCUCCGUCCAACAUCACCAUCACCGUGACCCAGAGCCCAUCUCGUGGUGUCCUCCUCCACAACGUCUCGCGCGUGCUGACCAGCUUCACCCUUGCGGAGGUCCUAGAGGGUCUCAUCAGCUACCAGCACGACGGAUCCGCCGCUAAGGAGGACAGGUUUUCAUUCACCGUCAGCGACGGCGACCACUCGGACUUCUUCGUGUACCCGGACACGGAGACCACAUCCCAGCCCCAGACCAUCUUCGUCCACAUCAACCCGGACGACGGGGGCGUGCCGCAGAUCAACGUCAACAAGGGGGCGUCCUACCUGACCAAACUGGCCGGCGGGCUCCUCGGAUUUACCAUCACCAACAGGGUCCUCAGCGUGGAGGACCGGGAUAUCCCUGAGGAUAAUUUAUUCUACUUUGUGUCCACACCGCCAUCCUGGGGAUAUAUUAUCAACAGAGCAAUUGGGAACAAGACCAUCCACUACUGGACUCAAGGGGACAUUAACCGUCAGCUGAUUGAGUACAUCCUGAGACCAGGGGUCAACACCACGUCAGACACGUUCAUCUUCAACAUCACAGAUAAAGUAAACAACGUUCUGGUCAGCCAACAGCCUUUCCAUCUCAACUGGGCCUGGAUAGCGCUGGACACGGACACUUAUGUGGUCAACGAGACGGACACAUUGAACGUCACUCUCAGGAGGCGUGGCUACCUCGGGGAAAUGUCCUCAGUUAGUAUCCAGGUCAUCAAUGGCACUGCCAGGUAUGGAGAAGACUUCUCUACGAGCUUUGUCCGACAGGUGCAGUUUAGUCCAGGUCAGACAGAGAAGAUCUGGAGACUUCGUAUGCUGGACGAUACCAUCUACGAGAGGUCCGAGACAUUCGAGCUGAGACUUGCUGACCCUGUGUCCGCAGUACUUGACCAACCGGACACAGCUCUGGUCACCAUACAGGACCACGAAGAUGAAUCUCUUAUCUUCUUCACUGACCGUGUGCUGAGAACUUCUGAAAAGAUCGGCGACAUCCUGAUUCCAAUCAAGCGAGUUGGAGACAGUUCCGAAGAGACCACUGUCGUCUGUUCUACUGUGCCAGGAACGGCCACCGGCACAUUCCCCACGACUCUGACGUCAUCGGACUUUGUCCCAAGGCCGGCUGACCACACCAGCAUCAUCACAUUCAACCAAGGGGACAAGGAGAGCCACUGCCGGGUGACCAUCCUGGACGAUGCCCUGAACGAGGAGGAAGAGAAGUUCACCGUCGUGUUGACAGAGCCCUCUGGCGGUAAACUAGGCAAGAUCAAGUCAGUGGACAUCUUCAUUGAGCCAGACCAGGAUGACGUUCCUGUAUUUUAUUUUGCCAACUCUGCGUUCAGUGUGGAUGAAAGUGAGGAGUAUGUGGAGAUUCCAGUACUGAGAAGUGGUAGUGAUCUCAGCAAAACGUCUAAUGUGACAGUCAAGUCCAGAAAAAGUGAGCCCAAAACUGCAGAUGCUGGUCAGGAUUAUAUAGCAAUGAACAAUGUCCUUGAGUUUGGUCCAGGGGAGACAAUGUUGACUGUCAGAGUGAUGAUUCUAGAUGACUUUAACAAGCCCAGAAUGGAGGGCCCUGAAACUUUUCUUGUUCAGCUACGAAGCCCGAUGAAUGGUCAGCUGGGAGACCCUCAAACUGCAGAAGUCACCAUUACGGAUGUUGUGUCAGACCUACCCAGUGUGCAGUUUAAGGAGGCUAAAUAUGAAUUCCGGGAGAAUGAUGGCAAAGUCUCAGUGGUCAUCUUUCGGACAGGUGACAUUAAUCAUGAGUCUGCCGUGUACUGCCACACCAGGCCAGGUACAGCCAAGCCAGGUUCAGACUACAUAGACAAGCCCAUGACUGAUGCCUCUCUGAUUCUUUUCACUGCAGGGGAAUACGAUAAGAAAUGUGAGGUCACUUUAGUUGAUGACUCUCUAUAUGAGGAGCACAAACAAUUUACUCUCCAGCUGACCCCUGCUGUCAUCAACAAGUUUGGCUCUGUCAAGGUUGGUGACCAGAGCUGGACCACAGUGACCAUCCUGGAUGAAGAUGACCAUCCUGUAAUCAAAAUGUCUGACUCUAAAUACAUUGUGCGAGAACCCAUGUUCAAGGAGGAGAUAAGUCGCUUACAGAUUCCAGUGGUUCGUUUGGGUGAUCUCUCCCAGACUGUUAUUGUCACCAUGGACACGAUGGAUGAUUCAGCCUCUGCUGGGAUAGACUAUGUCCCAAUAUUCACUGAACUAGUUUUUGCAAGUAAUGAAGUGAGAAAAAUUGUGGAGAUAGACAUUUUGUUUGACGGAGUCAAGGAGACUAGAGAGACAUUCACAGUUCAUCUUAGAUCACGAAGUGGGAUUGUUAAAAUUGAGAAUGCCAUAGCUACAGUUCAUAUUGAGGAGAGGAGCAGGAUAGCAAAUAUAUCUUUCCCUGAUGUACCUAUUCUAAUGUCCCUGAGAGAUUAUGACAGACCUGAGUCUGUGAAGGAGAAACCAAUUCAAGGCUAUCCUCUUAUCUGUGUGACUCCAUGUAAUCCUAAGCAUCCCAGCUAUGAGAACUCCAGACCAAUGUGCGAUGGUCAGAACAUUGACGACAGCAUGACCCUUUAUAGAUGGAGAGCAUCUACCCUGGCUAAGUCUGGUGGACUGACCAAAGAAAUGUAUGAUGUGGAGUCCAGCACAUUCUUCAGCUCCACAAAGACAAUCACACUGGACAGCAUUUACUUUGCUGGAGGGAGCAGAGUUCAGUGCUUGGUGAGAGCAGUCAACAGUGGGGGUGAGCCUGGUAAAGAACAGGAAAGUGAAGUCAAGACCAUAAACCUAGAGAGUGGUGUCUGUGAACCAAGGGCUAUGAACUCCAUCACAGCAGAACCUUUCACCGCCAGAAUCAAAUUCACAGGUCCUUCACAUCCAACUCACCCAAACAAAAUCAAAGUCUCCAUCACCAUUCCACAUGUUGAUGGCAUGGUGCCAUUAUUCACAACACAGAAGAUUACAGACUUUGACAUGGCCUUGACCAAACCUGGAGCAUACAUUGAAACUCAUCAAUUGUGUCCUAGCCUGAUGAACUUCAACCCUGUUUCUUGGAGAUCUGAUUCCUUACAGAAAGAAAUCCAAAUAAAAGGUGAAAGUUUUCCAUACCAACUGAGCACAAAACUAAGAUCUGAACAAACAUUACAUUUUUACAAAAACCUAGACCUCAAGACUUGCUUGUGGAAGUAUGAGAAAUAUUUAGAUAUUGAGGAGCUGGUCACUAAGUGUGGUGGUCAGAUGGAUGUGGACAUGCAGCGUCCUCAAACAAUACAGUCCUAUGUCUUUGUGAACAUGCCGCUGUACAUGUCUUAUAUCUUUCACUCUCCGGAGGCUGACAACAGCUGGCUAAAUUUUGACCUCACCUCUAAGCUACACCUGGCCUUCACAUAUGACAUACCCAUGUUAUGGGAAAGAGGAUUAAACAGUUCUGACUCUAAUUCUGGUCUGGAAGGGACUGUCUACCCUAAGAGUAUAGUCAUUCUUGACGAUGGCCGACUGUCUGUGGCAUUUGAAACUGGAGUGAAAUUCCAUGGUCACUUUCAAGUGGACAAUCCUGGUAUUGUCUUUGAGUCCAGUAUCAAGUCCAUUGACAAGUCAACUACAGUGUUGUACCUGAAGCUGAGAGAACAUAAGAGGGAGUCUGUACAGAACAGACAACUCUGGAGCUUUGUUUCACAACUUACUAAUAUCUGGGACUACUCAGGAACUUAUGUCAUCAAACUUAUUCCCUGCACAGUGACGGUUGACCCUAAAUUCAACCAACCAGCAAGCUGUAGCCCACAAACACCAUUGACCUUUAACCUGCCUCUCAGGAUACAGCAAGUUAGUGACCAAGUUCCGACAAGGUAUAGCGGCAACACUCACUUUUAUCUGACAAGACGCAAAGAACUAUGGUUGUCCCAGAAUAAACUGGAUUUGACUCAGGACUCAGAUGUUAAAUUUACUAUUAAUGACAGAAUCUAUGCAAGGAUAGCAGUUGACUUGGUCCAAAACCUGGCCAACUCCUAUAACCUCAGUGUAGACAAAGUGUUCUUAUGUGCUGGCAGAGAUGGCUACAUUCCAAAAUUUGAGCCAAAUAAUGAUGAGUAUGGCUGUCUUCCAGGAAACUCAAAUCUUCUACACAGCCUCAAACUUCUAGACAAGUAUUUACCAACAACUACAGAUAGGGAAUUUCAAAACGUGCACUUUAAUGCAACUCUUGCUGCUGAAGAUUCGGCACAUACCAUUCGACAGUUUGGGGAUGAUGGUUUUUCCUUUGACAGUUUACCUAUUUAUCAUAAAGAUUUCAAGUCGCAAUGGUAUUUGCAAGUUAUUUAUUCCAUCAAGUCCCGAAACUCAGGGCCUGGUAUUUGGGCGUAUGAAACUUUUGCUGCUGAAAACGAGUUCUUCGUUUCUGGCAGAGUGAGGCGUGCUGGUGAAGAUUCCUAUGGGAUUGGUGCAGAUGGAAGAGGAACUAAUAUAAUCCACAUAAAGAUGGAUUACACAAACCUUCUUAGAGAAGAUGAACACCUGAAUGCCAGUGUAACGUCAAACUCCAACAUUCCAUGGCUUCCAAUCAUUAUUGCAGUGGUGGCACUGGUUCUCAUUAUCAUUAUCUUGGUCGUCGCCCUGUUUAUCAGGCAGCGGCGGAAGUACUCUCCACCUUCUUCCCCUAACAGCACAAUAACCAUCAUCAAAAAUGGCCAUGCAAAGGUGAUAUCGACUCCUCAACAUUACCAGAAAUCAAAUGUUAAUGUCUGAUGAAAUGUCAUUCUCAAGUUCAUUUCAGAGCAGACUUAAAACUUUGACCUCAACUCUAUUCCAUAUUCCAUGAGGAAAAUACCAUUGCAAUGAUAAAAACUAUGUGAUUGAUUGGAGUUUGCUGCAAUAGGAAUCCAGUGGUAUUUUUGUUUAACUCAUGUGUUUAGUUUUGAUUUCAAUAAUAUAUCAACAAUUUUAAAAACUCUGCUGCCAAAGAUUGAUUUUAACAGGUUUUUCAUGUUCUUCUCCCAAAUAUGCAAAUGUAUUCACACUCACUGCUAAUUGUUGUUUCUGUGACCAAAAAAUAAUUUUCUUUGUUAGGUAAUGAGGAAAUCAGUUGUCCAUAAGUUGGAAGUGAAGAAAAACAAUGCAGGUGGCAUUUACAUCUGUGUUUUUGAGACAUGUGUGAACUGUAAAUAUAGCUGAAAAGAUUGCUUGUAAGUUUGCCCUCUAGUAACUAAAUGUACAUACAUUUGUUUUUAAAUUGUUUCAACCAAAAAAAUAGUAUUGGAAAAUCUAUUUGUUUUAUUUUUUAUACUAACAGUUAAGUUGCUUAUGGAUGGACUGAAAAUCAAUCAAUACUAUGGCAAAUAGAUUUCUAAUCCCAUCCCUGUGUGGUACUUAAUGAAAACUUAUGUUUUGUUUUGUGAAAUCUUUGGAUUUUAGCAACUUAGUUGUUAAAUGUUUCUAUAAAUAUUUUCAACCUAGCUGCUUUCUUUAUGAAUCCACUAAGUUGUUUUUUAACAAUCCAUUAAUUUUUUUAAUUUAGCAGCAUUUUUUUGUAUCAUCAAAUUUAUAAAUUGUAAGAGGUUAAUGUUAAGUACUUUAACCCUGGGCAUUUCAGCAUCUUGUACAUAGAAGGUAGAAAACGUUGCAUGCACUAAAGAACUACUGUUACUGGGAUGCAUGAAUGUGGUUGAAUGAUUGGUAAUUAUGAUCUAGGUAUUUCUAGCUUCUGAUGGAAAAAAGAGAUCAUCCUAUAUCAUUGUGUGUACAAAUAUGUUUUAAAUAUCUUUUUUUUAAACAAUAUCUAUAAUAAAAUUUCUUGUCCAGAUAUGAAUAACAUUGCUUUAUGUCCAUAAUUUCACAUGCUGAAUAUUGGAGUUUGAAAAUAUGACUUCAUAUAGUCCGAAAAUGUCAUUGCCAAAAUUAGAGCUUUAAUGUUUUUGUGAAUUGUAAAUAUUUUGGUGAAAAUAGAUUUAAAUUGAUUUUGAGAGAAUAGAAAUUUAGUGUUGUUGUUGUUUUUAAUCUUAGAUGUGUACAAAUUAUUCUAUAAUUAUGCAUUCACCUGAAUACGGUUUGCAUAGACUUUUGCAAUUAUAUUUUAAAAUAAUCAUUCAUAUUGCCAGAUUGAGCAUUUCCUUGUCUCUGAUAUCCUAGAAUAUUUGUUUACCCACUGACAAGUUUUCUUCUCUUUGUUCUUAUCAUGGCAUCAGCACCAUGCAUGAUUAUUUCUGAUAUUCAUUGAUAUUGAUAGCUUACUUGAGUAGUUUCAAAUCAUCUUUUAAAAUUUGUUUUGAUUUUUUUUUUAUUGUUUGUUCACAAACUAUGGCAUUAUUUCAUUCCUUGCUAACUGUAUCCAAGCUUAGUUCAUAGAGCUAUGUCCAUAUCAUAUUUUAUGAAAUUAAGUGCUCUAGGGAAAAACAAAAUUAGAAAAACAUAAUAAAAUUUCCAUUAUCAUUCAGUUGUGCCAAAAAAUAAUAUUUUGCAACUUUACUAAUAAUGUAUUAUCAGAUAAGAUGCAUCUAUUUCUUGGAUAAUUUGUUCAUAAUGGUAUAUGCAAUAUAUAUAUAUAUAUUCUGUGCAAACCCAGUAGAACAUUCUAUGAAUUCAGUAAAAUUUAACCUUUAACUUAUCUUAUAUAAUACAGAAGUUACUUCAAUACCUUUUUUUAAAUGAUCUAUUUAGAGCUAAAAUUAGUGAUCAAAUCAAUGGACCGAGACCUGGUGCUAGACUCAAUCUUUAAUCAGUGAUACAAUUUCAAUUGUUCUCUCUUUCUGUGAAUAUUCUUAGAGAUGUAUAAUCUUUAUCACUCAGGCACUUUUAAAAACAGGAAAUUUUACCAAAAUUGAAAGCAAUGAACGUAUACGUUAAACAAAAACAAAUGUAAAUUCUCUAAACUGAAAAGUUUGCUUAAUAUUGUAUUAGCUUCAAGUUUGUGUCUUAGGCAGUUGAUUCUUACAUUGUGUUUGUUACGUCAUGCCUUUACAUUUUAAAAACUCUUCAGAUAUUGCCACACAAACCGGCUUUCAACUAGUAUCAAAUAAAAUGAAAUAUUUGUCCUUAUCUCCAAUAUGCUGGUAUCAGUUAUUUGUCAUCAUUAUAUAUGAUUCUUUUUCAUUAGCAGUUGGAAAAUAUUGGAUAUCUUUCAACUCAUAAUGUCAAUGUUCAAAGCAUUAAAUCUAAUUGAAAUUGUUUUAUUCAUACUCCAUGUUAUUAAAUGCGUAUUAAUUUAUUGCAAUAAUGUUUAUAUUUUACUUAUAUGUGGUCUUUGUGACAUUGUUCCAAUCUGACAAAAAAUAUAAGAAUACAUUUUUUAUGUCAUAUGAAUUUCUUGUAAAUGUACAUAUUUAAGUAAUGUGUGCAAAAGUAAUUAAUUGUUUUGAAUAUAAUAUGCAAAUAUGUGUCUACUGCAAUUUGUUCAAUUCAUUCCAUUGCCAUCUAAAUAUUCACUGUGACAAUGUAUGAAUGCAAUAAAGAAAGUGUAUAAAUGAAUGCCCAUGACUGACAAUGAAAUUGACUCAGUAGUAAUAUAUGUUUAUAUAUCUUUUCUAGAUCGCGUUUAUUUUUUUCAUUUUUUUUUUGCUUCAUAAUGAUUACAAUUAAAAUCCACCAAAGAUUCCCUUUUUUAUACAUUUAUUUCCACUUGAAAUUAAUGAGUUGCUUUCUUUGGAUAAAGAGGGCAAUUAAAAAGUGGAUUAUUACAAAGUUAGUAUACUAUAAUGAUCUAUGUCAAUGUAGGCCAUCAUUUUAAUAUUUAUAGUUAAGACCUAAAAUAAUAUAAUAUUCACCCUCUUGAAGACAUUUUACAAAAUAUUAAUUAGAAUAAAAACAGCAACAUUGAACUGAGGGUUUUAAAUGGAAACUUUGAGUCUCAUUUGAACAGUGGAAUGUAUGUCUGUAAUCUAUUUAUUCUCUAAUUGUUUAAAUUACCAAAGCUUUUGUAUGUUUAUAUAUUUCUACAUCCAGUCCAUGUAUUGAGUUUUUGUUUUUUUGUAUUGUUUAACUUAAUGGUGAACUUAUUGUGUAGCCUGCAUUUGUUUCCCACUAAACACUUUAGUUUGGUACUGAUUGACUUGUCUACUAAUUAAUAUGUAUGGUUCAAAUAUUUGUUUCAUAGCUAUGCAUGUGAAUUAAGUUUCUAGCUGAACUUUCUGUGACACAUUUUUGAUGCCGGCUCAGAACUUUAACAAAAUCUAUGUUAAGGCAUGCAUUUAGCCCUAAAGAAUAUUUUAUUAUGAAAAUCUUAUUCUGAAUAUACCUAUACUGUGCUUCUUUGGAGCAUAAGAUUUAAUUAGUUUUCUUUUUUAAUUGUGUCCAACUUAUGAGUUCACACAAGAAUUUUACUUAUGAAUUUUAUUUUUAUUUGGGAGGGGGGUUAACUGUAUAUUUUUGUUAUUUACUGAGUUGCCUUCUUUAGCAUUUGCAAUUUGUCAAUACAAAUGUAUAAAGUAAUAAACAAUGUCAGUUGCCAACUCUUA